GAUUUGAAGCUGUGGCCAUGUACCAGCAGAGCUAUCAUGCCUUACUGCCUUCACCUCUUGUUAGCUUGUUUCAAGCUCAGAGCCUUCACAGACAGCAGAGACGAUAUGGCGCUGGGCCACGUGGUCGUUCUGCUUCAGCACGAGUGGCCGAGGGGUGAGAACUUGUUCCUGAAAGCCAUCAACAAAAUCUGCCAACAAGGAAACUUCCAGUACGAGAAUUUUUUCAACUACGUCACAAAUAUUGAUAUGCUGGAGGAAUUUGCUUAUUUAAGAACACAGGAAGCAGGGAAAAUUCAUCUGGAAUUGUUGCCAAAUCAAGCAAUGUUGAUCAAGCACCACACAGUUACCCGGGGUAUAACGAAAGGAGUGAAAGAAGAUUUCCGCCUGGCCAUGGAGCGCCAGGUCUCGCGCUGCGGGGAAAAUCUCAUGGUGGUCUUGCACAGGUUCUGCGUUAAUGAGAAAAUACUCCUGCUUCAGACCCUUGCUUGAACGGACUGGACCGCGGUGCAGCGUCUCUUGUGGAGAGACGGGAAGGCUCUUAAUGGUACGAACAGCCUCACGGCAGGGGAAAAGCACUUGUCCAGAGAGUCAGAGACCUUCCCGAUGAGUUACAGGUUCUGCAGUACACAAACACUACUCAAGUGUUUAUUCACUGCCUACUUUUCCUAUGUGGGGAGCCCAAACUUUGUAAAUAAAACUUUGUUUAAGAAGU